AGGUAGGCGGGGUCUGUGGGGAGAUAGUGUUGGAUGUUUAGUGCAAGUGUCUAUCCGGGGCAGUAUGGCGAGAAUCGGGUGUCUAGUUCAUCUUAUGCCUGUGAUCCUGGUUGUCUCGGGACUGAUUCCCUUGGUGUCGCCGGUUUCCAUAAAGAAGGACAUGGAGGCGAGUGUAGAAACAUACAGUCACUAUUACAACUACCAGGAGCUGAGUGAGCGGCUGCAUAAAGUAGCCCAAAAAUACCCACAUCUCGCUCGCCUCUCCAGCAUUGGCCGUUCGGUGAGGGACCGGGAGCUAUGGGUGAUGAGACUUACUGCUGACCCCGACAUGGCUCCCCCUGAUCGACCUCAGGUUAAGUACGUGGGGAACAUGCACGGGGACGAGACAGUGUCCCGGCAGGUGCUAAUCUACCUCAUCCAGUACCUGUUGGGGCAGUAUGGGGUGGACCAGCGGAUCACCACACUUCUCAACACCACUGACAUCUACAUCAUGCCUAGCCUUAACCCAGAUGGCUUUGAAACUGCCAAAGAGGGGGACUGCACCGGGGAGCGUGGGGGCAGAGAGAACGCCAAACUGGUGGAUUUAAACCGCAGCUUCCCAGACCAGUUUUCUCCCAGGGAUAUGCCAGAUGGGAAUUUGGUACCAGAAGUCAACGCUAUGAUGCAGUGGAUCCUCAGUAACCGGUUUGUGCUUUCUGGAAAUCUUCAUGGGGGCUCCGUAGUUGCCAGCUAUCCUUAUGACGAUUCUGCCAAUCAUGAGACAUCUGGAAAGUACAGUAAAUCAACAGAUGACAAAGUGUUUCAAUACCUUGCCAGAGCCUAUGCUAGUAAUCACCCCAUAAUGAAGACUGGCCAUCCGGGGUGCCCAGGCGAGGCAAGUGAAGAGUUUGCAGAUGGAAUUACCAAUGGUGCCAAGUGGUAUGAUGUUAAAGGUGGGAUGCAGGAUUACAAUUACAUUUGGGGCAACUGCUUUGAAGUGACUUUUGAGCUGACAUGCUGCAAGUAUCCACCUGCGUCUCAACUUCCUGAAGAGUGGAAAAACAAUCGGGAGUCUUUGAUAAAGUUCAUUGAAAUGGUCCACAUAGGAGCAAAAGGAUUCGUAAGAGAUGGUGUUACGCUGAAAGGAAUUGAGAAUGCCAUGAUUUCCGUGGAAGGAAUUGAUCACAACAUCACAACUGGCAAAGUUGGAAACUUCCAAAGAUUGUUAGCUCCUGGAAAGUAUAACAUCACUGCUUCAGCAACUGGGUACCUACCACAGACUAGAUUGGACGUCCAAGUAAACGAUGGUCCUGCAACUUUGCUUGACUUCCCACUUAAUCCUACAGUCUCUGUUGCAUUGUCUGACAACGCAGAGAAAACUACUUCUGAACCUGAACCUGCCACCACGUCCUCCAUUAUUGAGGAAGCAGAAAGCAGUGCACCUCCCCUGCAACCCAUCCAACCUACUGAGUUCAGGCAUCACCACUACUCUGAUAUGGAAAUCUUUCUUCGGAAAUGCAACAAUGAUUACCCAAUAAUCACGCGCCUCUACUCCGUGGGCAAAUCUGUAGAAUCUAGGGAACUUUAUGUGAUGGAAAUUUCUGACAACCCCGGCAGACAUGAACCAGGCGAGCCGGAGUUCAAGUACAUUGGGAACAUGCAUGGUAAUGAGGUAGUUGGGCGAGAAUUACUGUUAAACCUUAUUGAGUACCUAUGCAAGAAUUAUGGAUCUGACCCAGAAGUCACACAAUUGGUCCAGAACACCAGGAUCCACAUAAUGCCUUCUAUGAACCCUGAUGGCUAUGAAAAGUCACGAGAAGGAGACCGUGAUAGUGUAGUCGGUAGAAACAACAGUAAUAAUUAUGACCUGAAUCGGAACUUCCCGGACCAGUUCUUCCAGAUAACAGACCCUCCGCAACUUGAGACUUUAGCAGUGAUGAGCUGGCUAAAAACCUAUCCGUUUGUUCUGUCUGCAAACCUUCAUGGAGGAUCCCUUGUGGUUAAUUAUCCUUAUGAUGACGAUGAGAAAGGCGUGUCCAUGUACAGUAAAUCCCCUGAUGAUGCAGUGUUCCAGCAACUUGCACUCUCAUAUUCCAAGGAAAAUAACAGAAUGUAUAAAGGUAGUCCCUGUAAGGACAUGUAUCCUGGUGAAAAUUUCCCACAUGGUAUCACUAAUGGUGCAAGUUGGUAUAACGUACCAGGGGGAAUGCAAGACUGGAAUUACCUUAACACAAAUUGUUUUGAAGUGACCAUUGAGCUUGGCUGUGUGAAGUAUCCUGUGGCUGCAGAAUUACCUUCCUAUUGGAAAAACAACCAUCGAUCAUUGCUGCAGUUUAUAAAACAGGUACAUAAAGGUGUCAAAGGAUUUGUGUUGGACGCUACAGAUGGAAGAGGCAUUUUAAAUGCCACGAUUAGUGUAGCUGACAUUGAUCACCCUGUCACAUCAGACAAGGAUGGGGAUUAUUGGAGAUUGCUGGUACCAGGAGAAUAUAAAAUCACAGCUUCUGCGAGAGGAUACAUCCCUAAGAGUAAAACUGUGAAUGUAACAGAAGACGAUGCUGUUUUGGUAAAUUUCACUCUCUUCCGGUCUGUCAUAUUAUCCGAUCUACACAAAGAAGAUAAGGGAAAAGUAUCUGUUGUAGAGCCUGAAAUUACCGACCCCAAUGUCAAGGAGUUUGAAACUCUAAUUAAAGAUCUGUCAGCUGAAAAUGGCCUUGAACACCUUUUGCUUUCCACUUCUGGUGAGAUUGAUCUGUACCGUUACAGACCUUAUGAGGAUCUGUCAGAGUUACUCCGUGGUCUGAACCUGAACUACCCUCAUAUUACUAAUCUGACUAGUUUGGGACAGAGUGUUGAAUUCCGACAAAUUUGGUCUCUAGAAAUCUCCAACAAGCCGAAUUGCUCAGAACCUGAAGAACCAAAGAUCAGAUUUGUUGCUGGAGUUCACGGAAAUGCUCCAGUUGGAACUGAACUUCUUUUGACAUUUGCAGAGUUUCUCUGUCUAAACUACAAGAAGAACAAUGCAAUCACUAAGCUUAUUGACAGAACAAGAAUUGUUAUUGUGCCUUUGGUGAAUCCUGAUGGACGCUACAGAGCAAAAGAGAAAGAAUGUUCUUCAACUGUAGGCCAAAACAAUGCCAAUGACAAGAAUCUGGAUUCUGACUUUAUAAGCAAUUCUUCUGGUUCUGCUGGAGAGAGGGAGAAAGAGACCAAUGCUAUCAUUGAUGGCCUGAUCCUGAAGCAGGAUUUCACCCUCUCCGUAGUUUUAGAUGGUGGUUCUGUAUUGGUUACUUACCCAUAUGAUUAUCCAGUACACACAAUUGAGAACAAAGACACGUUGAAACAUUUGGCCUCUGUUUAUGCGAAUAACCAUCCAACAAUACAUAUGGGACACCCAGGAUGCCCCAACAAGUCAGAUGAGAAUAUUCCUGGAGGGGUAAUCUGUGGAGCUGAGUGGAGAGGUCAUUCAGGCAGUAUGAAGGAUUUCAGUGUGACAUACGGCCAUUGUCCAGAAAUCACUGUCUACACAAGUUGCUGUUUGUUCCCCAGUGCCACACAGCUGCCUCUGCUCUGGGCUGAGAAUAAAAAGGCACUACUCAGUAUGCUUGUGGAGGUGCAUAAGGGCGUACAUGGAGUCGUGAAGGAUGAAAGUGGGAAUCCUGUUCCUAAAGCUACCGUUAUAGUAAAUGAUGGAGUAAAGGUGUACACCAAAGAGGGAGGGUAUUUUCAUGUUCUGCUGGUACCUGGAUUCCAUAAUAUUAAUGUAAUUGCAGAGGGUUAUCAGACGCAGCAUGCACAGGUUCUUGUUAGACAUGAUGCCGCCAGCCCUAUAGAAAUUAUCUUCAAUAUGGAUAACCGCAUCUUUGGACUGCCAAGGGAACUGGUUGUUACUGUUGCAGGAGCCACUAUGUCUGCCCUGUUGCUCACGGCUUGUAUCAUCUGGUGUGUGUGUUCUAUAAAGUCCAACAGACACAAAGAUGGUUUUCAUAGAUUACGGCAGCAGAAUGAUGAUUAUGAGGAUGAAAUUCGUUUGAUGUCCACUGGCUCUAAAAAAUCUCUUCUGAGCCAUGAAUUCCAGGAUGAAACCGACACAGAAGAAGAGACACUUUACACCAGCAAACAUUGAGAUCAAAGACGAAGCAACACUUAGAACUGGUUUAACCAGACAGGACAUCAACGCCCUUUGCACAGGGAGCACUCUAGAUCAGUUACGGCGGAUUCUUGCACAUAAACAAUUUGUCUUUCCUUGACCCUUUUGUGUUAAGUGCUCUUUAAUUUUAUUUUAUACUUUUGGAUGCUUAGAACCAAUUAAUGUACAGAACGACUUGAAGGUUCUAAGAGUGGAUUGACUUGUUGCCUCAUAUAACAUUUUCCUUUUUUAGCUGCCAUAAUGGACUCUUUAUGAUGAUCUGCUGCAAUAUGUGGCAGAGAUUUCCCUGAGCCUGCUUUCUUAUGUCUGGUUUGAUGUCUUUAUCAUGAGAUUAAUUAGUAUGCUGGGCUUCUCACUCAGUUUACCUUUGGGAUAAAGUUUUAAACAAUUA